AUGAGGACUGCGCUCACCUGUGCGCUUUUGGCGAUUUCGUUUCUAGGAAGCCCGUGUUCGUCCAGCGAAGACGGUCACGAGCAAGAUUCCAGAGUGGAAACUACUACACAAGAUUUCUACGAACGUCAUUAUGGAAAAGAAUCUGGAUUGUGCGGGUCACACUAUAGGAAUUCCAGCCAUGCGGAAGCCGUUUACAACUGCACGCUCAGUCUUUUGCCCCCAAUCCUGAAUGAAACCUGGGAAGGAAUUAGGCAUCGAAUGAAUAAAAGCAUACCUGAGUUCGUAAGGCUGAUGUGCAACUUUAGUGUUGUGAUGCCUGAAGACUUCUACUUAGUUUAUAUGGGGUCAAAUGGAAACUCACACUCUGAAGAAGGCAAAGACGGUAAAACGGGGUCUUCUGCUGCAGUUCAAGUUACAGAACCGCUAAUAAUACAAGCAGAGGAUAACUGCACGGAGCAUAUAACUGGUUGGACGACUGAAGCCUCGACCACGCUGGAACCUACGGAGUCUGAAUUUGAGGAAAUUUCGUGAGGCAUCGUGGGCCGAUCUAUCACCCGGUUAUUACUAGAAACUACUUGUAUAUGCAUCAAAACCACGUACAGUUCACGGCGGGGUUUUGAUGCCCGUGCAAGCACAGUUCUGAUGCGGGUGGCGAGGUGCUUUGCCGAGAUUGAUUUAAAUAAAAUUC